AUGGCGUGCUCCAAGGCGGUGCUGCUCGCCGCCCUCCUUGCCGUCGCAGCGCUCUCCUCCGCCGCGGCGUGGGAGGACUACGACCACCACAUGUACCACAAGUGCUACAGGUCCUGCAUGAGGAAGUGCGACGACGACGACGAUGACGACGAUGAUGCCUUCAAGAAUGGCAUCCGCCCCGUUGCAGUCUCCGUGUCCGAUGAUGAUCACGACCAUGACGACCACCACGAUGAUCACGACCACGACCAUGAUGACCACGACCAUGAUGACCACCACCACGACCAUGGCGAACACCAUGACGAUGACGACGAUGAUGAUGAUGACGACGACGACGACGACGACGGCGAGUGCCGGGUGGAGUGCACCGAGGACUGCAUCGACUACGUGCCCGGCAUUUGUUACCACCACUGCGUCUCCCGCUCCUGUCUUUACUUGCCACCAUAUAGCUACCGGAGAACGGCUUGCUUCCAUCAAUGCGGCCACAGAUGCUACCACCAUGGCCACCACCAUCACCACCACCACCACCACGAUGAUGACGAUGACGAUGACGAUGACGAUGACCACCACGAUGGCCCAACACCAAGCCCACCUAAACCUGGACCCAAGCCGAAACCACCCAAGCCAGGGCCAACGCCCAAGCCACCGAGGCCUGGUCCAACGCCGGAGACACCGCCCAUACAGCAGAAGCCCAGACAGCCAAGUACCCCGAAGCCACCACAAAAGCCGACACCGCCUAGUACACCGAAGCCACCACCAAAGCCGGCAUCACCGAGUACACCGAAGCCACAACCGAAGCCGUCCACACCGCCUAGUACCCCGAAGCCACCACUAAAGUCUGUAGCGCCAAGUAUCCCGAAGCCGGCACCGUCGAGUACCACAAAACCACCACCGAAGCCGACAACGUCUAGUACAUGGAAACCACCACUAGAGUCAGUAGCACCCCCGAAACCACCACUGAAGCAGACAAAUCCACCACCAGAACUGGCAUUGUCCAAUACUCCGAAGUCACCAAAGCCACCUCAUAGUACACCGAAGCCACCGGCACCGCCCAGUACGCCGAAUCUAGCAACUCCUAAGCCGCUGAAGCCUUCACCGAGGAGCCAAAGCUAG